AUGCUUCACGAGUCUCAGUUCGUCAACGUUUCUCAAAAACAUCUUUUUCUCCCCAACAGCCCCUUUGAUCUCAAUAAUCAAUCCGAAAAAGUCUAUACUCAAAUAGCUUUUGAACCUCAACAACUGGAGAUGAUGUUCGACAUUCUACCAUUUUAAAAGGCAGUCUCUCAACAAUUCAAUAAGAAUCCAUCCAAAUUUUCAAAUCUCAAAUAACCCACUCCUUAUACAAUCUUACAAUCAAAAAGGUCUAUUCACCAUAAAUUACAAUCAACAAUGUCAAAUUAUCAAUAUUAAAAAGAACCUCUCAAAUCUUAGAAAGGUACUUUAAAUCAAUAUUUAUAUCAGCAGGACUUAAACAUUUGUCAUAUCAAAGUUAAAUAGAUAGUUUUUGAAUUCAAGCUAACAUCUUACAAGGAUGUAGCAGAAAGACUAAUAAAAGAAUAUUAUUAAGAAUAAGAUAGAAUUUUAGACUAUGAUAAUUCAAAAGAUGAGUAGAAUAUUAAAAGAAGAGUUUAUGAUGCCCUUAAUGUUAUGAUUGCCUCAAGAGUCUUAAAAAAAGAAGGCAAAACGGUUAAAGCUAAUUUUGACAAUUCAGGUUUUGCUAAGAAUCUAUUGAAGCUAAAAUCUCUGCAUGAGGAACAACUUAACAAAAAGUAAAAAAUUAUAGAAAUGAAAAAAAAGUAGUUGGCUGAUAUAGUUUGGAAGGUUAAAGCUGCUAAUUCACUAAUUGAAAGGAAUAAGUCCUUAGAAUUUAAUGAAUAAUAAUAAUUGUUCUAUUUUCCAAUUUUGACAUUCACUUAAGAUGCAAAACAUCCAAAAUUUAUUAAAGAUAAAAAAUUAUUAAAAAUUUUAAUGAAAUCUAAGACAAAGUUUACAGCUGAUUUAGAUAUUGUAAAAUAACUAUAUAUAGAAUAAAUAGACUCAAAGUACUUGUUGGAUGAAUGCUAAAAUUUAUACAUAUGA